AUGAUUCCUCGUGGCGGUGAGAGGCACAGAGCAUCCGCAUUACCAGGCGGAGCAUACGGGAUAGACCCCCGGUCAAUGUCUUCAAGUGAUGUUGGAAUUGCGUUGCAGCAGGCCCAGCAGGGAGUGCAAGGCUUUGACUUUGGAGACCAUUCCAACAUGCGCCAUCAUCUUGACCCAACCACGCCGUUCACCGCGUUUAACCCACAGCAAGAAAGACAGCCGGGCCACGGUGCUGGCCAUCGCGGAGUUUCCCAUCAUCUUGGGAACGGCUUUAUGCAGAACUCCAACAUUGGCCAAAACGACCCGGCUCUAGCUGAGCUUGUUCGUCGGACAAACCUGGCUGUGUCCCUUGCAAAUCACAAUAUCAAUCCCCGGAGCCAGUUUACACAGGUACAUCCCAUGAUGUGCUUUGACGGGAGAUUCCCUACGGAUUUCCGUAGUCCGAAGACCGUCGAGUCAGUCAAACUGUUAGAUGUCACGCAGCUGGACCGAAUAUUACAUGAGUACCAGCUGCCUUAUGAUACUCGUUCGAUAAUCAACAGCACAAACUCGAACCUUUUACGAGACAGUAGGGACAUGAUCAGCUCAUCCCGUUUGCGUCAGGCCAAAUUACAGAUUUUAUUCGAGCAUCUUGGAGCUAGCAGAAUCGUCGAGCAGGAGAGGCAGAAGCGUCUUUGA